AUGGCGACGGGAACGAAACUUAUGAAAGAAAUAAACGACCAGUUUCUCAUUUGUAAAAUUUGUUUUGAACCAUACAAAGAUCCGAAGACUUUAGUUUGUUUACACACAUUUUGUUGUGAUUGUAUUCAGAAACAUACAGAAGCAGAGAAUAGCAGACCAAGUCGCUAUAAUCUGUACAGUAGAUAUGUUGGAUGUCCUUUGUGUCGGAAAAAGACUGAAAUUCCAUCGGGAGGUAUACGAAACCUUCAGGAUAAUUUUCUAGUUUCUAGUCUGACUGAAGUUAUAAAUAAACGUGUGUGUACCAAGGUGCCCCCAUGUGAAAUAUGCCAUACUAUUAGACCAAGAUCUAAUGAAGCCUGCUCCAAAUGUUUAGAAUGUAAUAAGUUAUUGUGUGCUGGUUGUGUGGAAUUACACAUGACGACUAAAGUCACCCAGAAGCACAGUCUGAUUGAUAUCGAGGGUGAGAAGGAUAUUGAGUGUAAAGCACAUCCCGAGGAGAUAGUUCGGUUUUAUUGUGAACCAUGUGACGCUUGUAUCUGUGUGGUUUGUACCUUCCAGGAACAUCGCGACCAU